UGAGACUUCGAGACCAAAGACCUGAGUACAGUCAGACUUUGAGCUCCUUGUGCACUGACGUUUCUCAGACCUUAGAGAAAAUCCGAGCUAGAACCCAAUCAUGAGCACAGACGCCGCCAUGUCCCCGAAGAUCACGGUGGAGCUGCUGAGGAACCUGAGGCAGGCCAUGAAGAAUGGGAAACACUUUGCCGACCCCAUCCAUGCCUACAUCAUCCCUUCAGGAGACGCCCACCAGAGCGAAUACAUCGCGCCAUGUGACUGUACGGAGUUUAUCUGCGGAUUUAACGGCUCAGCAGGCACUGCUAUUGUAACUGAGCAUCACGCCGCCAUGUGGACGGAUGGACGCUACUUCCUGCAGGCCAGCCAGCAGAUGGACAAUAACUGGACACUGAUGAAGAUGGGCCUGAAGGAGACCCCGACCCAGGAGGACUGGCUCAUCGGCGUCCUGCCGGAAAACUCCAAAGUGGGAGUCGACCCCUGGAUCAUCGCUGCCGAUCAGUGGAAAAGCAUGGCGAAGGCCCUGAGCGGCGCCGGACACAGUUUGGUUGCCGUUCCAAAAAACCUCAUCGACGCAAUUUGGGAGGAGCGACCUGCUCGACCCAGCACUCAGCUCAGCGUCCUGGGGCUCCGAUAUACCGGUCUGACCUGGCAGGACAAGAUCCUGCAGCUGAGGGCAAAGAUGGCUGAGAGGAAGAUCUCCUGGUUCGUGGUGACGGCCCUGGACGAGAUCGCAUGGCUUUUUAACCUGCGAGGCUCAGACAUCGAGUACAACCCUGUGUUCUUCGCGUACGCCAUCAUCGGGAUCGACAGCAUACGGUUGUUCAUGGAAGGGAAGCGUCUGGAGCACCCAGCGGUGAGGCAGCACCUGGAGCUGGACACGGCCGCUAAGCCUGAGCUGUGUGUGCAGUGUUUACCGUACGAGAGCGUGUACUUGGAGCUGCAGGCCGUGUGCUCGGCUCUCGGCCCUAAAGACAAGGUGUGGAUCAGCGACAAGGCCAGCUGCGCUCUCACCCAGGCCAUCCCGAAGAUCCACAGAUCUCCAAUCCCGUACACGCCUCUGUGUCUGGCCAAAGCCGUGAAGAACCCCACUGAGAUCCAGGGGAUGAAGAUGGCGCAUAUUAAAGAUGCUGUUGCACUCUGCGAGCUCUUUUCCUGGCUGGAGAAAGAGAUUCCGAAAGGUACCGUGACCGAGAUCUCUGCGGCGGAUAAAGCCGAGGAAUUGCGGAGUCAACAGAAGGACUUUGUCGGUCUCAGUUUUCCCACCAUCUCCAGCGUGGGACCGAACGGCGCCAUCAUUCAUUACCGACCACUUCCUGAGACCAACAGGACCCUGACGAUGAACGAGGUUUACCUGAUCGACUCCGGAGCGCAGUACAUGGACGGAACGACGGACGUGACGCGGACGGUGCACUUCGGAACCCCGACCGACUACGAGAAGGAAUGCUUUACGUAUGUCCUGAAGGGCCACAUCGCCGUCAGUGCUGCUGUUUUCCCCAAUGGAACUAAAGGUCACCUGUUAGACUCGUUUGCUCGUGCUGCUUUGUGGGAGUCAGGGCUCGAUUAUCUGCAUGGCACCGGACACGGAGUCGGCUGCUUCCUCAAUGUCCACGAAGGACCCUGCGGCAUCAGCUACAAAACCUUCGCCGAUGAGCCGCUGGAGGCCGGAAUGAUCCUCAGUGACGAGCCUGGAUAUUAUGAGGACGGCUCGUUCGGCAUUCGACUGGAAAACGUUGUCCUGGUCGUUCCAGCAAAGCCUAAAUAUAACUACAGGAACAGAGGCAGCCUGACGUUCGAGCCCAUGACGCUCGUCCCCAUCCAGGUGAAGAUGAUUAACACUGAGCUGCUGACGCAGAAAGAGCGCGAUUGGCUGAACCACUACCACCGGCAGUGCCGUGAGACGGUUGGCGCAGAGUUGGAGAGGCAGGGCAGGAAGGAGGGCCUGGAUUGGCUGAUCAGGGAGACUCAGCCAAUCACAUAGUCCUCCUCUGCUCAUUUUUAUUUAUCCUAGUUCUUUAAUUGGUAAUGACUUUUCUCUGACCUUGUGCUCUGAAUAUUCUUAAUGCAUCUCACACACACACACACACACACACACACACACACACACACACUUGAGCACUUGUUUUUCAAUACAAUAAAACCAAGAUCAACAAAC